AUGGAGGAGGCAAUGAGGCAAGCAUCAGAAUAACUCGAUCGUGAAUCGUGAGCGCGUCAACGUAGAGCCCACUAAUUAAGCAUCAGCAUCUCUCUGCUUCUCGCGGAGGACUGAGGACACCGGAAUAUAUGGCAUAGGCCUGCCGAGGGAGGGGUCUUGGUGGUGCAGGGCUACCGGAAGGCUCCGUACUGCCGCUGAAUGGAAUCCGGCUGUGUACGAAAAGCAAUGGCUAUGGGUUUGACAUCGAAAAAAGCAUCUUCUCGGAGCGUCGGCGUGGAGCGAAAAAAUCUCAUCACCGUAUGCAGAUUCUCGGUGAAGACACUCCUGGAAAAGUACACAGCCGAGCCCAUCGAUGACUCAUCCGAGGAGUUUGUCAACUUCGCUGCCAUCUUGGAACACAUCCUCAGCCACCGCUUCAAAGGUCCAGGAAGCUGGUUCAGCUCAGAUGGCCAGCGCAGCUUCUGGGACUACAUCCGGCUGGCAUGCAGCAAGGUGCAGAACAACUGCAUCGCCAGCAUCGAAAACAUCGAGAACAUCAGCACCUCACGCGCCAAGGGUCGGGCAUGGAUCCGUGUGGCGCUGAUGGAGAAGCGUCUGUCUGAGUAUGUGGCUACAGCCCUGAGGGACACACGGACUACCAGCAGGAGGUUCUAUGAUGACGGAGCCAUCAUGCUUAGAGAGGAGGCCACUGUUCUGACAGGCAUGCUCAUUGGUCUCAGUGCCAUAGACUUCAGUUUUUGCUUGAAGGGGGAGGCGCUGGAUGGGAAGUCCCCUGCAGUGAUUGACUUCACACCUUACCUGAAGUUUACUCAGAGCUAUGACUACCUGAGUGAUGAGGAUGACCGGUGCAGUGUGGACAGCAGUGCCAGUGACGAAAGUGUCCCAGAACACCCCUACAUCCCCCUGGUCACCGACGAGGAGAGCUGGAGGAACAAGUGUCGCAAGAUGGAGCAGAGGUUUAAGAUUGUGUACGCCCAGAAGGGCUACCUGGAGGAGCUGGUGCGUCUGCGGGAGUCCCAGCUGAAGAACGUGGAGACGGAGAACAAAAAGCUGAGUGCCAGGCUGGAGGAGCUCAGUGUCCAGAGCCUGCAGGAGAAGAAGGAGCUGGAGUCCAUCGUACUGGAGCUGCAGGCACAAAUCACUGCCCUCAUCCCCUGUGAUUCCUCCCACCUGACCAAGGACCUGUCCAUCCCUCUGGUCAACCAGUGGCCCUCCAUACGAGGCUACAACAACCAUGGGGACGUCAAGCUCUUCCGCAGGAGAAGCUUCCACAGUUUGGAGCAGCUCUCAGCUGACGUCAGUCUGAACUCUGAUUCCCAGAAGACAGACGGGCAACAGAACGGAGAUACAGGAAAAGACUACACCCCUUCUAUGCUGGGUCUCUGUGGCUCUCUGGCCUCUCUCCCCAGCUGCAAGUCCAUGUCCAGCCUCAAGUCCAGUGAGUGUCUGGUCAACAUCAGCACGGAACCACCCAGCCCUGCACUCUCCCCCAGCUAGGGGACGCCAUGCCGACGGCGCUCUGUCUGCGCAGCGCAAAGCCAGCAACCAACCAACCAACCCCACCUGCCUGCCUCAACCUGGAGACACUGCAUAGACCAUGAA